ACUUGGAUGCUGCUGUGCGACGCCUCUCGGAAUGGAUGAUGUGUGGAACGACCAGCAUGAUAAAUGGUUUCAGUUAAAAGAGGUUCUAUCAUGUGGCUCAACUGGCUCAUCCGUCAUCGUCACCACACGCCAAAAGAAGCCUUUCCUAAAGACUAUUACGUUACAAAGAAACAACUAAUCCUUCUAUGGAUAGCUCAUGGCUACAUUUCAUCAAAGGGGACUUUACAAGUGGAAGAAGUUGGAAAUCAAAUAUGUAAUGAGUUACUGCUCAGAUCUCUUCUACAAUCAAAUGGCGUUAAGCAGAGCAUGACCAGUAUGCAUUGUCUCGUUCAUGACCUGGCUGAAUCAAUAAUGGAGCACAAAGUUCCUGGAAUACAGAGUAAAGGAAAUCUAGCAAGUGCAUCAACUAUCCGACAGGUUAAUUUGCUACAAAAACCCGCUUUGUUUCCUAAAACUUUUCAGCAAGACAUGAACAUUACUUCCGUCUUAGAGCUUACUAGUUUAAGAGUAUUAAAUGCAAAAGCAAUAAAAGAGUUGCCUCCUUCCAUCGGCAAUCUUAAACAUUUACGACACUUGAAUUUGUCUAGCUCCGAAAUUUGCACUCUCCCAAGCUCAUUAUGUACUCUUUGGAAUUUGCAAUUCCUUAACUUAGAUUACUGUGAUAGGCUUAUGGCUUUGCCUAAAAAGCUCACAUCAUUACGUAAUCUCCAACAUCUAUGUUUGUGGGAAUGCAAGUCAUUGUGUGAGAUGCCAUCUAAAAUUAGAGAGUUGAAUGACCUGAAAACAUUGAGCAUGUUUGUAGUGGGUCUCAACCAACUUGAGGAACUGGAAUGUUUGAAUCUUAGUUGA